AUGGCCAAUCCAACAACAGCUCUGCGCUGGGAAUCUAGCAAUGCAGACGUGGUGGAUCGCAUAUCGAUAGAGAGAAAAACUGUGACGAACGACGAAGAAAAGCAAUGGAAGCUUCGCAGGAAGACGAUUGAUCCAAAAUCUGCAAUUCCUAUUGUACAUCGAAGCCUCUCGUUCGAGAUUGAGGACGAAGGAGAACGAAAGAAACGUUCUAAAACCCUGGCGGAUAAAGACAAACUGGCCGAUGGUAAAGUUACAGAAUGGCAGAACAUCGAGUGGCACACUUUAUUUGUCGAAGAGAUUCAAAAACGCCUCGGUGUGGAUAUUUCGCUGGGAAUCUCGGACGCGUCUGCUAAGGAGCGACUUCAGAAAUAUGGCCCCAACAAGAUCUCCCCCUUACCAAACCCUUGGCUCUGGAAAAUCUUCGGUUACUUCUUCAAGGGUUUUGGUUCGAUCCUCCUCGUCGGUGGUAUCCUGGUCUUCAUCUCAUGGAAGCCGCUGGGUGAACCACCAGCAGUCGCCAACUUGGCCCUUGGUAUUGUUCUCAUCGCCGUAUUUGCCAUUCAAGCCGCUUUCAACGCCUGGCAGGACUACUCUUCCUCUCGUGUGAUGGCCUCGAUUACUGCAAUGCUUCCCGAGUCAUGUACCGUUCUCCGCGGUGGCUCUCGUGUGGAGAUGUCGGCUACCGAUCUUGUGCCUGGUGACGUUUUGGUCAUUAAAUCUGGAAACAAGAUUCCUGCAGAUGUGCGUUUUGCAGAAGUCUCGCAUGAUCUCAGCGUCAACAGAUCGGUAGUCACGGGAGAGUCGAACCCGGUCAAGGGAAGCACCGAGAGUACAUCUGACAAUUAUCUCGAGACAAGAUGCAUUGGUCUUCAGGGAACUCAUUGUGCCGCUGGUAGUGCGCUCGGUAUUGUGGUCGCCACCGGUGACUCGACGGUUUUUGGUCGUAUUGCUAAGCUGGCAGGCGAGCCGAAGACGGGCCUCACAACUAUUGAAAAGGAAGUCUUUCGCUUUGUGGCUCUUAUCUUUGUCAUCAUGGUUAGCUGGAUCAUUAUCCUCGCUUCUGUUUGGGGAGGUUGGCUCCGUAAAGUGCACCCCGAUUACAUCGAUGUGCCGACCCUCAUUGUGGACUGUGUCAGCGUAGCCAUCGCCUAUAUUCCCGAAGGUCUUCCCAUCGCCGUCACAGCCAGUCUGACCAUCACAGCCAAUCUCAUGAAGAAGCACAAGGUUCUGUGCAAGUCUCUCAAGACAGUUGAGACUUUGGGCUCAGUUUCGGUCAUUUGUACCGAUAAAACAGGCACAUUAACCAGGAAUCGCAUGGCCGUCACUGACUAUGCCGUUCAAAUUACAACAUCUACGCUGGAUUCUACUGGUGAUCACGUUGCCCCCAAGCUGAAUGAAGAUGUCCUUCGACAGGUCCAAUCCAUCGCCGGCCUCUGCAAUGCAGGCGAAUUCGAUAACGAAUCAUCCAAUAUCCCCCUCAGUGAAAGGCGCAUUUUCGGCGACGCAACCGAUCAGGCUAUUUUGAGAUUUUCAGAGAGUCUGGGAUCAGUGGCUGAGCUUCGCAAACCCUGGAAGACAAUUUUCAACCUGGCGUUCGAUAGUAAGAACAAAUUCAUGAUCAAGGCGAUGCAAACCAUCAGCCCAGAGGCGCCAUCCAUCUGCCUCUCGCCUAUUGAGACUGGAAAUUUCCGUUCUGGCGAUGUUCUUUUCACUAUCAAAGGAGCUCCGGAUAUUCUGAUCGAGCGAUGUUCCAAGAUACUUUCUCCAGAUGGUGAAGUCAAGUUUCUGACUCAGGCUGAUCUUGCAGCUGUGAAGCGCUUGAAGGAUGAAUGGUCUUCUCAGGGCAAGCGAGUCAUUCUGCUGGCUCGUAAGAUCAUCGAGAAAGAUAACAUCUUGAGCGAUCCCAGCUCGGCGGAAUUCGAGAUUCAAAUGCUGCAAGAAGCUCGGGCUGACCUCACCCUGGUCGGAUUGGUUGGCUUGAUUGAUCCACCGCGCGCUGAGAUUCCAGACGUUAUUCGGGUGCUUCGACAGGCCCAGAUCCGGAUUUUCAUGGUCACUGGCGACUUUGGUCUCACAGCCCUUGCAAUUGCCCGGCAGUGCAACAUUGUCACCACUAAUUCCGUCCACGACAUAUCCUCUCUUGCCAAAUCCCCGGGGUCGAUCGAAAAAGACCCAUAUACCUCCGAGUCCGCCUUGGUGAUCAGUGGACCAGAAUUGAUGACUCUCAACGAGUACCAAUGGCAGCAACUGUGCCAGUAUCCUGAGAUCGUCUUCUCCCGGACUACUCCCAAUCAGAAGCUUCGCAUUGUGCGUGAGCUUCAGGCCAGAGACGAGAUUGUCGCAAUGACAGGAGACGGCGUCAACGAUGCACCCGCCCUCAAAGCAGCGGAUAUCGGAAUUAGUCUCGCUAGCGGUUCGGACAUCGCUAUCGAGGCAGCUGAUAUGGUUCUUCUUGAUUCUUUCGGCGCUGUUGUUGAGGCUGUGCGCUAUGGUCGGGUGGUUUUCGAUAACCUCAAAAAGACAGUUGCUUAUCUCCUCCCAGCUGGCUCGUGGUCUGAGUUCUGGCCUGUGUUUUGCAAUCUCGUUUUUGGGUUGCCUCAGAUUUUGUCCUCAUUCCUGAUGAUCAUCAUCUGUUGUUUCACCGACUGUGCUGCCGCUGUGGCGUUGGCAUACGAGGCUCCAGAGGCAGAUGUGCUCUUCCGACCACCCCGUCACCCGAAGAAAACACGCUUGGUCAAUUGGAAAUUGAUGUUCCACUCCUAUGCUUUCAUUGGCAUGAUUGAAACAGCAUUAUCGUUCACAAUGGCAUUCUGGUACCUCGAAAGAAACGGCAUAAAAUUCUCGGACCUCUGGUUCAAGUUCGGAGCACUGCCUCCGAAUGUGGAUGAGGACUACUACACAGCCAAGGUUAAUGAGGCGAGCUCAAUUUACUUCAUCAACCUUGUAGUUAUGCAAUGGUUCAACCUGAUGGCAGUACGAACACGUCAUCUGUCAAUCUUCCAGCAUCCUCCAGCCUUCAACAAGCAGACCCAGAAUUUAUAUUUAUUCCCUGCCAUUGCCUUUGCGCUGGGUAUCUCGGUCAUUUGGCUUUAUGUCCCAAGUCUACAGGUCGUUCUGAGUACUUCGGGUAUUCCUGCCGAGUAUUAUUUCCUUCCAGCUGCCCUUGGUCUCGGGCUAUUGUGCGUGGAUGAAGGGCGAAAAGCGUGUGUUCGGCGUUGGCCUCAUGGAUUUUUGGCAAAGAUGGCUUGGUAG